AUGAAUCAAUCACCCCAUCGCCUGAACUUGUUCGCACUGACACUGCUCGGUGCAUUGGCAACCACAUCCCUGCUGGUGCCACCCAGCUACGCUGGCGAAGCUUCCGUUGCCGGGCCUGUCGCCGGCACCAAGGUCACCGAACCCUAUGUGCGCAUGAUGGCGCGCGAAGCGUAUUUCUGGGGUUGGCCGAUGGCCAAUAUUUUCAACCGUCGCCAGGCCUUCAAAGACCUGCCCGAACCGGGCUUGAUGGGUGGCAUCGUUCCGGUCGCGCCAAUCAAUCGACUGUCGAUGCUCAGUGAUUACAUUGAUCCGGCGGAACGGCUGGUCGCAUGCCCGAAUCAGGAUGUGGUGUACGGCGCGGGCAGCAUCGCGCUGGAUCUGGAACCGGUCGUGCUGCAAGUGCCGGACUUCGGCAGCCGUUUUUGGGUGUAUCAGGUGGUGGAUCUACGCUCCGAUAGCUUUGCCGAACUCGGCAAGAUGUACGGCAGCAAACCCGGCUUCUAUCUGCUGGUUGGCCCUGACUGGAAUGGCAAGGUGCCUGCGGGCAUCACCAAAGUCUUUCGGGCACGUACCAGCACCGGCUUCGUGAUUCCCCGAGUGUUCCAGGACGAUACCGCAGCCGACCGCACAGCCAUUCAAGCGUCGCUGUCGGGCGUGGACAUGUACCCGUUGUCGCAAUACGACGGCAAGAUCAAACACCGGGACUGGGCGAAACUGCCAAAAUUCCCCGCGCAGGCGGCGGGCAGCGGCGAAACCAAAUGGGUGAUGCCGGAGAAAUUCUUCGACGAGUUGCCGGCGCUACUCAAGGACGCCAAACCGUUGCCGGGCGAAGAAGCCCGUUACGCGCAAAUGGCCUCCCUCGCGGCCAUCGCCAAGGCUGAUCCGCAACUGAAGGCGGCGAUGAUCGAUGAAGCGAAAAAAGCCGACAGCGAAGUGAUCGAUCCGCUGUUGCAGUUCCGCAACUACGGCCUGCAACUGCCGGAUCACUGGAGCACCAUCAGCAACGGUGCAGCGUUUGGCACCGACUACUUCAGCCGAACCGCCGUGGCGCGCUCGAACAUCUUCGUCAAUCAACAGAAAGAGACCAAGUACUUCUAUCAGGACCUAGACAAGUCCGGCACGCGUCUCAAUGGGCAGAACAGCUACUCCGUGACCUUUGCCAAGGGACAACUGCCGCCGGUGAAAGGCUUCUGGUCGCUGACGCUGUACAACGAGCAGCACUUCUUUUCCCCGAAUGACCUCAAGCGCUACUCAAUCGGCACCAAGAACAAAACCCUGCAAGCCAAUGCCGAUGGUUCGCUGACGAUUUACGUGCAGAGCGAAUCACCGGGCAAGGACAAGGAAAGCAAUUGGCUGCCAACCCCCAAAGGCGCCGAUUUCUCACUGUACAUCCGAGCUUACUGGCCUGAACCGGCUGCGCUGAAUGGCCACCUCGGCGCCCAAGCCGCCACGCACUAUGAGCAGUUGGCCGAUCUGCCGUUUGCCGGCGGCUACCCGACACUGGAGGGCGUGGCACAACUGCAAAACGAAUUGCUGUUCCAGCGCGCCGUGCAGUCGUACAUCUGGGCACUGCCGGCGUUGAACAUGUACGCCAUGAAAGAAGGCUCGGAAAAAACCUUCGGUGCCGGCUACAACGUGCUGCCGAUCUGGAAGGAUCGCCUCAACGCCAAGACCCGCGUCACCACGCCCAAUUCCGACGUGAUCUAUGCCAUGGGCUAUCUGGAUCUCAAGCAGGACGGCCCGAUGGUGAUCGAAGUCCCGCCAGGCUUGCAGGGCAUUCUCGAUGACUUCUUCCAACGGCCGAUCUGCUCCGAGGGCCAGAUCGAAGCUCGCCAAUGGUGUGGUGAUGUCGGGCUGCCGGGACCGGACAAAGGCAAGGGCGCCAAGUAUCUGGUGCUGCCACCGGACUACAAGGGCGAGGUACCGCCGGGCUACCUGACUUACCGCUCGCGCACUUACGGUGUGUUCGUGUUCUGGCGCGGAUUCUUCAAGGACCCGAAACAACUGGAGGCACCGGUCGCAGUCAUGGAGCAGACGCGCAUCUAUCCGCUGGGCAAACAGGCCACGGCCAAAGCGAUGGAAUUCCCCAACGCCUCGAAAACUCCGGUCAACAUGCUCUACCCCUCCGACGGCGGUGCGUUCGACAUGCUGUCGCGGUUCAUCGAUCACGAAUACGUUGACCCGCAAGACAUGGAAAUGCGCGGCAUGCUCGCCGCUCUGGGCAUCGUCAAAGGCAAACCGUUCAAACCGGAGCCUGCCACCCGCGACCUGCUCGACAAGGCAGCGAAAACCGCGAGCAAGAUCGGCCAUGCCAUUUCUUACACGCCGCAAACCAUUGUCGCCAAUGGCACCUGGUAUCCGGAUCGCAAGUGGUUGAACGUAUUCCCCGGCAAUGCGACGUUCACCGCCGACACCUUCAAUUACAUCGACCCGCGCACCGGUUUUUCACCAAUGCCUACUCGGCGAUACCCGGCCACUUUCGUCGAUGCCAAAGGCCAAUUCCUUUCUGGCAGCAACAGCUACUUGCUGAACCUGCCCAAAGGCAUUCCUGCGGCGUUGUUCUGGUCGGUGACGGCGUAUGACUCGAUCACUGCAUCAGGCCUGGAUAACGGCCAGCCGUUCCCGUCGCUGAACACCAUGGACAAGCCCGUCACCAACGCCGACGGCUCGAUCGAUGUGCAUUUCGGCCCGAACUCACCGGGCUCCGGCAAAAACUGGAUCAAAACCCUGCCGGGCGAAGGCUACUUCGUGAUUCUGCGGUUAUAUGGCCCGACCAAGGCGUUCUUCGACAAGGCAUGGAAACCGGGGGACUUGAUCAAACAA